AUGUCAGACCCCGCAGGUAACGCAGCAGUUUCUGUAGUGGCCAGUGGUGACGAUCACGAAUACGAAGACGUUGAUAAACCCCGUGUUAAGACAGGGCAGAGUCAGUCUCAGGCUAUCCCUGAAUCCAACACAAACACCACAGCUACUGUCAUGGCCAGUGGUGAUAAUCACGAAUACGAAGAUGUUGAUAAACCCCGUGUUAAGACAGGGCAGAGUCAGUCUCAGGCUAUCCCUGAAUCCAACACAAACACCACAGCUACUGUAAUGGCCUGUGGUCAUGAUCACCAGUAUGAGGAUGUUGAUAAACCCCGUGUUAAAACAGGGCAGGGUCAGUCUCAGGCUAUCACUGAGUCUAACACAAACACCACAGCUACUGAUAUGACUAGUGGCCAUGGCCUGACAGGACAGAGUCAGUAUCAGCCCCUAAUCAAAGCCAACAAUCAGACAGGACAGGGUCAGUCUCAGGCCAACACUGAAUCCAACACAAACACCACAGCUACUGUAAUG